ACUUUCUGUCACAGCAGCAGCAGCAGCAGCAGCAGCAACAACAACACACACUCCUCUUGUACCGUCUCCAUCUGCAGACAUGGACCUGGAGCUGCUGGUGCACGCCGUGCUCUUGCUUCGCGGGCUUGAGCUCUAGCGUGGUGCGAGCAGAAGGAAAGGAGACUGUCUUUGAUCCAGCCGCUCGCUGAGACAUCACUUUGUUGGACAGAGACUGAAAGAGAGAGAGAGAGAGAGAGAGAGAGAGGGGGACCACACAGUCGUGACAGCAGAGGCCGUUUCAGGAUAUCGAGCUUUUUUUUUUUUUUUUUUUUGACGUGUGUGUGUGCCCUCCAUCAUGGCGAGUGACUCCCCGGCUCGGAGUCUGGACGAAAUCGACUUGUCCGCUUUGAGGGACCCUGCCGGCAUCUUUGAAUUGGUUGAGCUGGUGGGAAAUGGCACCUAUGGGCAAGUGUACAAGGGUCGCCAUGUUAAAACCGGGCAGCUGGCAGCCAUCAAGGUCAUGGAUGUCACCGGGGAUGAGGAAGAGGAGAUCAAAGCAGAAAUCAACAUGCUGAAGAAGUACAGCCACCAUCGCAACAUCGCCACCUACUACGGAGCCUUCGUUAAGAAGAACCCUCCCGGCGUUGACGACCAGCUAUGGCUGGUGAUGGAGUUCUGUGGAGCCGGCUCGGUCACAGACCUGAUCAAGAACACCAAGGGCAACUCUCUGAAAGAGGACUGGACCGCGUACAUCUGCAGAGAGAUUCUCAGGGGUCUGACUCAUCUCCACCAGCACAAGGUCAUCCACAGAGACAUCAAGGGACAGAACGUCUUGCUGACAGAGAACGCGGAGGUCAAACUAGUUGACUUUGGUGUUUCGGCCCAGUUGGACAGAACAGUGAGCAGGAGGAACACGUUUAUCGGGACGCCAUAUUGGAUGGCACCUGAGGUCAUCGCCUGUGACGAGAACCCUGAAGCCACCUACGACUUCAAGAGUGAUUUAUGGUCACUGGGAAUCACUGCAAUAGAGAUGGCUGAAGGAGCACCACCUCUGUGUGACAUGCACCCAAUGAGAGCCCUCUUCCUCAUCCCGCGUAACCCCGCCCCUAGACUCAAGUCCAAGAAAUGGUCGAAGAAGUUCCAGUCGUUCAUAGAGAACUGUCUGGUGAAGAGCCACGACAAGAGACCCAGCACCGAGCAACUCCUUAAACACCCGUUCAUCAGGGACCUGCCCAACGAGAGGCAGAUCCGCAUCCAGCUGAAGGACCACAUCGACCGCACCAAGAAGAAGAGGGGAGAGAGGGAUGAGACAGAGUACGAGUACAGCGGCAGUGAAGAGGAGGAUGAAGAGAGAGACAUGGGUGAACCGAGCUCCAUCAUCAACAUCCCCGGAGAGUCGACCCUGAGGCGGGACUUCCUGCGCCUCCAGCUGGCCAACAAGGAGCGUUCAGAAGCACAGCGGCGCCAGCAGCUGCUGGAGCAGCAGCAGAACGACGAGCACAAGCGCUUACUGUUAGCUGAGAGACAAAAGCGUAUCGAGGAGCAGAAGGAGCAGAGGAGGCGGCUGGAGGAGCAGAAUCAGCGAGAGCGUGAGCUGAGGAAGCAGCACGAGAGGGAUCAGAGGAGGCGCUACGAGGAAAUGGAGCAGCUCCGCAGAGAGGAGGAGAGGAGGCAUGCAGAGAGAGAACAGGAGUAUAUCCGUAGACAGCUGGAAGAGGAACAGAGGCAGUUAGAGAUUCUCCAGCAGCAACUACUACAGGAACAGGCAUUACUGCUGGAGUACAAGCGUAAGCAGGUAGAAGAGCAGCGGCAGGCGGAGCGCCUACAGAGGCAGCUCCAGCAGGAGAGGGCCUACCUGGUGUCUCUACAACAGCAGCAGCAGCAGGACGGACGGCAAGCAGAGAAGAAACAGCUUUACCACUAUAAGGAUAUCAGCAAUCCUAAUGACAAGCCUGCCUGGGCUAAAGAGGUCCCGAAGCAGCAGCAUGUUCAGGGUAACCCACACCGCCCUAACCUACGACAUCACCAGUCAUUCAAUCAACCACCUUCAUCUGCUGUCUCUCAAGGCCAACACCGAUCUCGAGCACCUAGGCGAACCCCGUCCCAUGCUGCCCAGCUCUUGUCCAAUAACCUACCACAUAUCCGUAUUUCACAAGGCAAUGGCGAAUCCUUAGAUCCAGGGCUGAAGCAGGAAAUAAGCCAGCAAGUCAGAGAAUUCAGGGCUCAGAGACGCAGUCCAAGGCGCUGCAGUCCAAGGCGCUGCAGUCCAGGGCCCAUCCAGGAACACAACCAGGCUGCCGGCCAAGGGCCUAGUAGGGGUCCUAGUAAGAGUCAAGGGCAGGCCAGCCAGUCUAAUCUAGUACCAAACCUUCAUUUUCUGGGGCCCUGUAAUCAGAAAGAGAAGCCACGAGACAGGCCUCUCUCUGCCCCAAGUCAUGCAGCCAUCCAUGGGUUGCCCCCGGACCGUCAGCCGAAAGCCCUUCAAGCUCAUCCUCAGUCCCCAGCACAGGUCCAUAGAUCUCUGUCUGAAUCCAACCCUGUCACCGUCCCUGUGGUCAAACUGGUGGAGGAGCGAUCUAAGCUGAACAGACAGAGCUCCCCAGCGCUGCAGCACAAAGUGUCCAACCGCAUCUCCGACCCCUCCCUCCCUCCCCGCUCCGAGUCCUUCAGCAGCGGGGGCAUGCAGCCCGCCUGCACCCCACCAAUCCACCGCUCCAUCGAACCACAGAUGGCUCACCUCGUCCCAGUGAAGACCCACUCAAGCUCCAUGUCCGGCUCUCAGUCUCUGCAGGACCAGACGGGCUCAGCUCUGAGUGAAGGCAUCAGCGUUGGCUCCCCUAGGCCUGACAUGCCCCGCCAGAACUCAGACCCCACUUCUGACACUCCCGGGCCCCAGCUGCGGGUCGCCGGACGGGAGGAACGGGAUCGGGACAGAGACAGGGAUCGGGAUCGGGACAGGACAGCCUGGCUGAGGGAGGAGGAUCUCCCGCCAAAGGUCCCACAGAGAACCACUUCCAUCUCCCCAGCCUUGGUCAGGAAGAACUCCCCUAAUGGAGGAGUGGGUCUGGGCCCUCGCACUGGUUCCCAGCUCAUCCGGGCCAGUAACCCAGACCUGCGGCGCUCAGAGCUCUCACUGGACGCCAUGCUGCAAAGAACUUCCUCCAACUCAUCAUCCUCUUCUUCCCCUUCAUCUCAGGGAGGCUCAGCUGAGAGGAGAGGUCAAGCCAAGCAGGAAGGAUCCCCUCCAGGAGCCAAUCAGGAGGCAAAGCCCAGACAGGAGGAGGGCCGUGAAUCAGCCAGACCCAGCAGACCUGCUAGCUAUAAGAAAGCCAUAGAUGAGGACCUAAGUGCUUUGGCUAAGGAGCUCAGAGAAUUGAGGGUAGAGGAGGGCAGCAGACCACCAGUCAAGGUGACAGACUAUUCGUCCUCCAGCGAAGAUUCAGAGAGUAGCGAUGACGAUGGCGAGACGGUGGGACAUGAUGGUACUGUUGCCGUUAGCGACAUCCCCCGCAUCAUGCCAGCAAUGCAGAGCAGCAGCGAGUCUUACGGCGGGCUGACAGAGGACUCUCUGGGAGAUGCCUAUAAUGGCUCCAAGGACGGCACUUUAGUGGUGAGAGAGGCAGAGGAGCGGAGGAGAGGUGGUCACACUGAGAGUAAUGGAUUUGGCAAUCACAGUAACCAUGGUAACCUCCCUGACCUCGUGCAGCAAAGCAAUUCUCCCUCUGCCACACCGACCUCCGCCCUGCAGCAACUUGGGGAAAUGCCUGAGUUUGGUGUGGGGGGAUCCAAAUCGUCCUUCACCCCAUUUGUUGAUCCACGUGUCUAUCAAACGUCCCCGAGUGAAGACGAUGAAAACGAGAACUCAGCAGAAGACAUGUUUGCUAAUGAGCUGAUGAGGCAGGAGCAGGCCCGACUAAACGAAGCCAGAAAGAUCUCUGUGGUCAAUGUCAACCCCACCAACAUCAGACCUCACAGUGACACACCAGAGAUCCGCAAAUACAAGAAACGCUUCAACUCUGAGAUCCUGUGCGCUGCUCUCUGGGGCGUGAAUCUGCUGGUCGGGACAGAGAAUGGUCUCAUGCUGCUGGACAGAAGUGGACAGGGAAAAGUCUAUAAUCUUAUCACCAGACGACGCUUCCUGCAGAUGGACGUGCUGGAGGGGCUCAAUGUGCUAGUCACCAUAUCUGGGAAAAAGAAUAAGUUGCGUGUCUACUACUUGUCCUGGCUGAGGAACAGAAUAUUACACAACGACCCAGAAGUGGAGAAGAAGCAGGGUUGGAUCACGGUUGGGGAGCUGGAGGGCUGUGUGCAUUAUAAAGUUGUUAAAUACGAGAGGAUUAAGUUUCUGGUGAUCGCUCUGAAGAACUCUGUGGAAAUCUAUGCCUGGGCUCCCAAACCCUACCACAAGUUCAUGGCCUUUAAGUCGUUCACUGAGUUGCAGCAUCGUCCCCAGCUGGUUGACCUGACGGUGGAGGAAGGGCAGAGGCUAAAAGUCAUCUACGGCUCCAGCGUGGGAUUCCAUGUCAUCGACGUGGACUCGGGGAACCCUUACGAUAUCUACAUCCCCUCACAUUGUGCCAAAGCGCUGAAGAUCCAGAGCCAGGUUACGCCUCAUGCCAUCGUUGUGCUUCCCAAGACUGAUGGAAUGGAGAUGCUGCUGUGCUACGAGGAUGAGGGCGUCUACGUCAACACAUAUGGUCGGAUCACCAAGGACGUGGUGCUACAAUGGGGAGAGAUGCCUACCUCUGUUGCUUAUAUCCAUUCUAAUCAGAUAAUGGGCUGGGGUGAGAAAGCCAUAGAGAUCCGCUCUGUGGAGACGGGUCAUCUGGACGGAGUCUUUAUGCACAAGAGAGCUCAGAGGCUCAAAUUCCUUUGUGAGCGGAAUGACAAGGUUUUCUUCGCAUCGGUGCGUUCAGGAGGUAGCAGCCAAGUUUUCUUCAUGACCCUCAAUAGAAACUCUAUGAUGAACUGGUGAUGGGUCUCGUACCGCCGUCCACUCUGCCUCACUCUCCCAUUGGCCGGCCCAGCGACACACCUCGGCCCUGCGCCACAUCUCACGAAAAAGGAACCCGACCGACCGAGAGGCCACAAGUGAACUCUUUUAACACCGGAGAGACUUAAAACGUGUAGAAAAAAAAAAAAGUUAUUAUAGAGAAAAAUAACAAAGACUUGUUCUAAAUAGAGAGAUGUGUUACUCUAGAUUAUUCCGGGUCAUGCAGAAGCCAUCAACUGACUGGCAGACUGGUGCCACUGACUUUCCAAAUAUUCCUACUUUCUCUGUCUCAUUGUCUGGUGUGUUCAAGUCUUCCACCUGACUCCUCCUGUCUCUGUUCUUUUUCUAACCCUCUCUUAAUCCUCUGCUCCCUCCUUCCAUCCUGGUAGAUCGAGUCAUCAAUUUUUCAAUCCUUUGACACCCAUGUGCUCCAAUUGUCUCACAUUCUAUCUGCUGUGUGUGGGAGAGCUACAACUCAGAGGCCGGAGGAAAAAAGAUGAAUGAGAUUUAAUAUAAAUUUAAAUGUAUGCUUCCGAAUAUGACAGUGCAGGGAGGACAAAUGUAUUCUGGAUGGCAGGCAGCCUGAUUGAUUUUCUCCCUCCCUCCCUCCUCCUCCUCCUCUCACUGUCGUUCUGAGUAAACUGAAUUGUGAUUUCAUUCGAUGGCAUAUCGCUGAUAGAGAUGCGCCGAGGAAACUCUGCUGUCAUAGGCGGGUGUAACAGUAUGCAAAGCUUAUGUCUGUGUCCCUUUAAAAUCGAAUCACUACUCUGUCUUCUCUCCUUUAUUUUUUUUAUUCCUCUCUCCUUCCUCCUAUCAUCAUCAUCAUCAUCACUCGUCCCCCUGUUUUUAAACUCUGAAGGUGCUUCAUCAGAUUUACUGUAAUAUUAAAUGAACAAUGAGAGCGUCAUUCCGUUCAUUUCUCUUCUUUUUCUUUCUCUGCGUGGCUGCGUCAGUCAGCCCAUGAAGCUUGAUGAAAUGUACAGCACAUCCGUGUGUCUAUGAAAUCAAGAGUGUGUUUGUGAGUGUGUGCAUAAAUGUGAAUGUGUGUGUGUGUGUGUGUGUGUGUGUGUGUGUGUGUGUGUGUGUGUGUGUGUGUGUUUGACUUGGUGUUGACAUGAGUCCCAUUGAAAUCAAUUCUGAAUCAAAGUGGGAUUUAAAAAAAAUCAAUGUCCGGAAAAAGAGUCAAGUAGUUCAGUCUCUGUGCGUGGACUUUUACUUUAAUGAGCAACAUUGAGUGUGUUUACAAGCAGGUUUCUGAUAUUAUCUUCUUAGACUGGAGUUCACGAGAUGAUGAAAAAUAGGCAAUAUAAGAGGUUAAUUUACUGGAGUGUAUUACUUUUUUUUUUUUCUUUUAACACUGUAUUCACGUAUGCAGCCAUGUUGCUGUAGGGAUUAAAAUAUGCAUUGAAACAGCGUAUCCUGGACACAACCUCAGCAGGAUACAAGCUGCUGUGCUGAAUACUGUGUGCAUGUGGGAGCAUUCAUUGUUGAACGCUGUGCUGUCCUCUUUUUUUUUUUUUUUUGAAUCUUGCUCCUUACCGUUUGGUUCUUCUGAGUUUUUUUUUUGGCUCCCAACUGUUUGUACAGUGCCUAGCAUGAUGUAAGCAAAACUAAAACGGAGGCCAAAUGAUAAUCGCUCAUGUUCGGAUUAAUGAUUUGAUUUGCCUAAAACGUUUCUUCUUCUGUUUUUGUUAUCUCACUCUGAAACACGUCGCCGAUGUUGUUCGUCUCCUCCGGUGGAGAUGUGCAUUAACAAAAUCUGAACUGAUUCUUUUUUUUUUUCUUGAAAGGAGUAACUGAUUAAACCUCACCGAUUUCUACUCAAAUAAGUAGUACAGCUCAAUCAUUAACACUGAAUUGAAGUAGUACUAGUUUAUGCAUAGUCAUCCAUGUUGGAGAGCACUGUAAUGCGGGUUAGUUUUUCUUCUGGUGAGUAGAUUGUAGAGUUGACCUAAGGUGAUACACACACACAAAAAAAAAUACACUUAUUUCCACAAUGAUAUCAUUUAAAUCCUUUUUUUUCUGUUAAAUUAUUAAAAGUUUUAUAUUGUCAAGGACUUGUUUUUACACACCCAUACAGUAGCUUCCUGUGCAGCUCAAAGUUAGGAUCUGCUACUACAGGAUGCAGGUGAUCAUUUUUAGCAAUAAAGAGCUGAGCUGAAGAAACCACUGUCUUCCCUUUGUGUCUUGUGCGUGCACGCAUGCAUCUGUGUGUAUCAGUAAAGAGCAAAUGUGUGAAUGGGGGCAUUAUGAAAUAUGUUUGUCCGUCGUGGAUUAGGACUCCUCCCACGGGAAAAACGCUGACAGGUCAUUACACUGAGGACUCUCCUUGCAAAGAUAGGAAAAAAAAAAAAAAAAAACCACUGUAUUCUUUACUCUGUUUCUCAUUUUCUUUAUUUUAAAAAGAGCAUUACUAAUGUCCUGUUUGGGGAUUUUAUUUGUUUUGUAAAAGAGAUGAUGUACGAGAGAAAUAAAUGAAACUAGAACAUUA